CUGCAGAUAAAAGGGAAAUGAUAGUGAGGAAACACACAUUCCUCCACGCACACGUUUACUCACACACAUACAUUCAUACAUGUAAUGGAAUAGAAGAACUGCAUGUUUUAGAGCUACUCUUCAUCUUUUUCUCUCACUAGUGAGGACGUGCCUCGCCAUAUAAUAUCUUUCAAGAAAUAUUUUAUCCAUUUAAUUUUGAUAGAAUUGAAUUGAAUUUGAAUGCAUCUGGGUUAUGAAUGAUGGUGAACUAGUCGUGAACUCACACACACACGCACACGGUUUGAGAAGACAUUUCCUUUAAUCUUGUUUUGUAAACCACCAAACUAAAAAACCACCAAAAAGCCUUUAGGCUUCAGAGGAUAUUAAGAGUUCCGAGUGUCAAAAGGAGGACAAAAGGUAACAGCCCCCCCCCACCUCCCCACCUGAAGAUGUCCAACAGUACAGUUUGCCCCUCCCAGAAGCUGCACCCCUCCCUCCCCUGGCUGAUGGUGGUAUUCUAUCUGGGCGGCUUCCUGCUGAACAGCCUGAGCCUGUGUCUGUUCGGCUCCCGCGCCAUGAAGUGGAACUCUGGCGUGGUGCUGCAGUUCAACCUGGCCCUGAGCGACAUGCUGAUCACGCCGGCCGCCCCCUUCAUAGUGCUCUACUCCAUGUGGGAUGACUGGCCCUUCGGCGUCUUCCUGUGCCAGUUCAAGGUGUUCCUGCUCAGCGUGCACGUGUACGGAGGCAUUUGCUUCCUGACGCUCAUCAGCAUUCACCGCUGCUCCACCGUGGCCCGGCACAGGGGCCCCACCCAGUCGCGCAUGGCCAACCCCCAGUACGUCCGUCGGCUGUGCGCGGCCGUGUGGGUGGCGCUUCUGCUCCAGGGCCUGCCCUUCUUUGGGCUGCUGGACACCUGGGUGGACGAAGCGGACAACACCACCAAGUGCCUGAACUUCCACCAGCCCAACAUGGCCACGCUCUUCUUCGUCUACAACCUGACGGUGCUGGUGGCGGGGGUGGUGGUGCCGUUCUGCGUGUUCGCCGCCUGCUACGCCUGGCUGGGCGCGUUCCUGUCCCGCGUCAAGGCCCAGGGGGCGGACGUGAAGGGCCGCGCCGCCCGGGUGAUCGCCGCCUGCAUGUUCAUCUUCACCCUCUGCUACGUGCCGCUGCACGUCACCCGCACGGUGGGCGUGACCGUCGCCCUCUUCCACCCGACCCGCUGCCAGAUGCUGAAUCGCGCUGAGGACUGGUACUACGCUAGCUUCACCCUCUCCGCUGCCAACUGCUGCCUGGACCCCCUGCUCUACUGCUUCUCCUCCCGACGCUUCCGGGAAGCCCUGAGGCAGACCCUGGCUAACGCUAGGAAAUCCGGCCCACUCAGGCGCCUCUGCCCGCAGCAGGCAGAGAGUGAAGAGAGCGCUGACAGAGACAAGCCAAACAGUACUGUAGAUACUUCAGAUAGGGCUCUUUAGACAGACCUGUAAGACAGGCAGAGAUGACAAAGUGAAAGACAAUUUCUCAUAUAGGCAGGAUCACUGGUUGGCAGGGUAAAAAAUAGUGCAGUUUCCCAAACAAGGAGGCGUCAGUGACAGUGGCACAUUAAGUUUUAAGUUCCUUAAAGUGAUAUAUUAAUCAAAAUCAAUGUAAAUAUAAUUAUUUUUCUAUCAAUACAAUGUACUAAGCAUGAAUACACAUCCUACAUAUCUUCUGUGAAUAACCUGUCUACAUGAACCAUAUACAGCAAUGGCUUAGCAUCAAUGUAUGAAAACAACUGGAAUCUAAGUACCUGCAGGUAAUGCAAACUGAACACGCGUGCUUCUAAUCAAUACGCUCAGCUAUGUAGUUCAUUUAGUUUUGGAUGGCUAUAAAUGAGAGAGCAUAUGGGAUGUAAGGUGUUGACCUGGGGGAACGCUGGGUUUAGUAUGUGAAUAAAGCGAUACUGAUAUCUCUACAUUGCAGUGUUGUAUUCAGUGCAUACAGCUUUGGGCGGGCGUGAACAGUCUUCAUUAGGAUAUAGUCCGGGGUGUCAUGACAGUAUAGAAACGCAUGUACAGAAUAAACCAUGAGUUCACAUAAUGAACUCAACCCUGUUAGUAGGUGCAUGUGAAGCUGUUGUCAGUAAACUGGUAAAACUUUUAAAACAACUACAUUGUCACAGAUUGACAAUAAAGUUACAAAUUGGAAAAAAUGUUAUGCAGCACACGUAGUAUGUAUUUAUGACAUUUAUGUACAUCAAAGUUUCUAAUUUGGGAGUUGUGUAUAAUGUCUAUGCAUAUGUAUAUAAUGUCUGUUGAAACUUCAAAAGUUUCUUAGAAGGUAUUCUGAAUGAAGUACAUUUUUCAUUUUCACAACUGUAUUCUUGUGAACCUUUUAUGACUGUGCUUUUACCUGCAAACAAAUAUCAACUAAAAUGUCAAUAUGAUCAGCUUUCAAAUGAACCAUGUUUUUCAGUAUUUGCAGUUAAGAGUGAGUGAGUGUAUAAUGAAGGAUUACACAAAUCAGGUAUGUGUCUACAAAAAGCAUGUCAAAUCACCACCAGAUCAAUUAUCUACUUGUCAGGAAGCCACAAAUAAGACACCUUUGGAUAAAUCUACACCAAGUCAGUGAAAUGACAGGAAUGGCUGCUCAUUGAUGAAGUAACUGAUGAAGUUUCCAUGACGAUGAACCGUCUAGCACAGUAACUUUUUCUUGCAAUGGGGAAGUUUUCCACUAUUUUGUAAUGCGGAUUUUUUCCACUGAUAAGGACGGUGGUCAUUGUGAAACUCACAUGUGAGCUUGAGAAAUAACGAACCUGGGCUCUUUGCCAAAGCCUUUACAAAAAAAAGGUGAUUUAUACUCCCUGAUAUCUUGUCAAUGGAUAUAAAUUAUUGUUAAUCGUGUGACCCAAUAUGUAAUAAUUUCAAAUGGAUGUGUGGCUUAUAUUUAAAUAUUCAGUAUGUAAGUUGUAAAUUCCUAGGGAUCUGUAAUACUCCCAGUGAGCCAGGACAUUGGUUUAGCUUUUCAUCCAAAAGAUGGCAUCUUCUUAAAAAGAAGUUGUAAAUCUUUUUUACAAAAGCACCUUUUUGUGUCUGAAAGGUCACCCAAUUCCCAUGAUCUUUAGGCAAAAAGGAAAUUGCUGCAAAAUGAACUCUGGGAAAUGUAUUGCCAUUCACUACAGGAAUGACCACUUAUUGCCACCAAUGUUGCCAAAACACAAAUCAUCAUGAUUAUAUCUUAACUCAGAAAUGAUAAAAUUGCAGUGAUUACUUAAGUAAAAAUGUAGUUCAAUCUGACAGUUGCAAGUUGUACUGUAUGUCUGACUGCUACACAUGAAAUACUGUCUUAGCAACCUUAGAAUAUCAUCACUAAAGGCUGAAGACAUUAGAUUAUAAUUUCAUCAAUGAUUUAUUAUCAUUUUUAGCACAAGUUUUUAACCUUGUUACAGAUUUCAACAAUGUUAUAUUGGAUUUGAUCCUGUUACAUGAUAUUGAGGGAAAAUGGGCUGUCAGUAUGUAUUAUUUUAAGUAUAAUCUGUUGAGUAUCAAAGUUUCACAUUUAAAUUUGUCAAUGUCUAUGUUUGUUUUAAAACAAUAUAAAGGAGGGCAAAAAGUACACACAACAUGAUUUGGAUCAACUAUCCUCUGGGAAUUCCAAUUAAAUUCAUAUCAUGAGAAUUCUUAAACAAGGGACAUAGAAAUUGUGUGGCAGUCCUGGAAAUUUUUCAGUCAUAUUUACAGAACAUAUUGAGUUGUUCGUGACAGAACACAAAUAGCUUUUGGGGUGAGACAAAAAUGUGUAAAAAGAAAACAUACUUAUUACCUGAAAUGGAAAAAUAUGUAAGGAGCUGAAUAAGGUCCUUAUGAAAUGAUGUUAGUAUGAAUAAAAAUAGUUUGGCAAAGCCAAAAGGGCACGUUUUCUUGAUAAUGUUCAGGAUAUUGGUUUUUGGUUGUGGUUCUUAUACAUCCUGUAAAUCUACAUCAGAUGAAAUACACGUUUUCAACGUACAAAAAUGCCAAGUUACUCAUACAAGGCACAGUCUAUAAGUCAUUAAUUCAAACUGGCAAAAUAUAGGCCUGCCAAUCAAAGUAUUGAUAUCAAAAUUACACCAAGUUACAAGAAACAAUAUUAGCUAUCUAACCUCACACUAAUUAAACAAGCUGUAUGCUAAACAAUGAUGCCUAUAUUGUUUAAAGUAACUAGGCCCUGUGUGUACAAGCACGCAGUAAAUUAAUGGGGCAACAUACAGUAUGUGUGGAUAGGUUUGAAAGUCAAGAUUGAUUUAAUAGGCCUCAAUACGUUGAUUUUUUAUAUGUAUUUAUGCAUUUAUCCACCCGACUUUUCUGUAACGUGAAUGAUUGUAUGUUUCUUGGUAUAAAUAUCUGUUUGUAAACGUUAAUGCUACAUGCCGCUAGAGAAAUGUCCCCAUGGUGAUAAUGAAGUAUUCUAUGUAUGUGUGUAUGUCCGUAUGUGCAGUAGAGUUGCAAACAUAAACGAACUUGUACAUUUUGUAAAAUGAACUUCACAACCAAGUAUAAACAUAUCCUUUCUGAAGGAAUAUACUCUCUGUAGGUAUUCACUGGCAAUUUCAUACGUUCAUUAAAUGUCUUGCAAGAGA